UAGUUCUGCUCCCCACUGCUUGGCCUAAUGCAGGAGAGGGACGUGGGACGGCCUGGCCCUCAGAGGACCCACACAGGCUCCGAUUGGCUAAGUCCGAGCCUCAGGUCUGUGCUCAACUACCAGGAGGAAGGCUUGCCUUUGGCAGAAGGUUCAGCUGGCGCAUCUCGGUUGGACAUCAUGCUGCAGAGAGGUCUCAGGUGGCUGGCAAGGCUCCGACAGGCAGCAAGCCUUCUCCCAGCCCUGGCUGGCCAGCCCCGGAUGCUCUGGUCAGCCUGGGCACCAGCCCCACUCAUCACCGUCUCAAGAAGUCACCUCCAUUCCGAUUCAAAGGAUUAUUCCCUCCCAAACUCUGGCUGGAGCCCCAUCAUGGUGAGGCUGUACAAUGAACUCAUGGAGAAGACUGUGGAUGGGACGUGGACGCGACUUCCUGGUUACUGUCACUCCUGGCAGUUCCUUAAAGAGGGGGACCUUGCUAGGAUCGCUAAAGUUGUCCCUGUCCAAAGGGUAGAAGACGCCCGCCUCUUUCUCCGGAUCACAGAGAUGGAGAGACUCGGCUUUGAGUAUGUCAUCUUCCACAAUGACUCUGAGAAGAAGUGCGUCUGCUUGUUCCAGCCUGGGCCCCUCCUGGAGGGGCUGCCUGGGAUAAUCCAUGGUGGCGCGCUGGGGACCAUGAUAGACACCACGCUGUUCAUGACGGCCUACUGCAGCGCUAAUGCAGUCUUUACCGGGACCAUGACCAUCACCUUCAAGAGCCCGAUCACCCUCGGCUCAGUGGUGAGGCUGGAGGCAAACAUCACUGGCAUGGAAGGGAGAAAGGUGUUUCUCUCCUGCGAAGCCCAAAGCAGUGACAGGACCACCCUCUUUGCCGAAGCUUCUGCCAUCUUCUUCCAAAUGAAGUGAUACAGGUGCAAGGCACCAUAAGCUCAUCUCCUCCUGGCCCAGAGGGCAGGAAACCAAAGCUUCCUUUGGAGCAGAGUCUGUCUCUCCACCCAUCUCCAGCUGCCAGUGUUUACUCCAGCCCUUUCCUCCUUGGAUGGUGAAAACUCCUCCAGCUGUCAGAACUUGUUAUGAAUAAAUUUUGAAAAGGGAGAUUAUGUA